UUCAUCGAAAUUACUGAUUGAAAUAUAAUCUAUGACAGAUUUAGUCACACUAGAAAAUCGAUUGAGAUGCACGCUGCGUACGUAUCCCCCCCCCACACCACCACGUGUAGUUUACUGCGCUGUACGUCAUUAGAAUAUUUUUUCAUAACUAGAAGCUGCUAAUCCACUUGACUUAUGGUUGGAUACCGGGCACAGGAAGAUGUCCAUCUGACGGGCAAAGAGCAUGCUUUGGCUGGAGCUGUUAGUGGGGUGGUAUCGCGGGUCAUGUUUCAGCCCCUCGAUGUCCUUAAAGUCAGAUUUCAGUUGCAAAUUGAGCCCAUCCAACAGCAGAACUCGUCCAAGUACUGGGGUAUAUACCAAGCCACUAGGACCAUCAUAAAGGAGGAGGGUACCAGGGCUCUGUGGAAGGGGCAUGUCCCUGCUCAACUUCUGUCAGUGGUGUAUGGGGUAGGACAGUUUGUGACUUUUGAGUUCCUGACCAAGUUGGUGUGGAAGCAUCUCCCUGAAGAAUGCUCGACUAAGUACCGCCCUCUAACCCACACUGUGUGUGGAAGCUUAGCCGCCUGCUCAGCUACAGUGCUAGCUCACCCAGCCGAUGUUCUUCGUACACGCUUCAUUGCACAGGGUUCCAUCAAGACCUACUCAAGCCUGCUGUCGGGGAUAAAGAAGAUUAAACAGACCGAGGGAAUUCUAGGGUUUUACAAAGGUCUGGGCCCAGCCCUCAUACAGACAGGCUUUCAGAUGGGACUACAGUUUGGGUUGUACUCUGGUCUCACGUCGAUAUGGCAGUGGAUGGAACACAGACCCCUAGGAGGGAAGCUGGGUAUAACAGAAAGUUUGGUGUGUGGAGCGGGAUCAGGGAUCAUCUCCAAACUUAUUGCCUACCCAUUGGACAUGACCAAAAAGAGGCUAGAAUUACAAGGUGUGGAACAGAUACGUAAGGAGUUUGGCGCCAUACGUGUGUACCGCGGGUUUAUAAACUGUUUAGUAUGUGUGUUACGGGAAGAAGGGGUUAGGGGUAUGUAUAAAGGUCUGUCACCCAGUCUAAUCAAGGCAGGCUUCAUGUCUGCCUCCAACUUCUUCCUAUACGACCAAGUAUGCAAUGUUCUGAGCCGUCGGAAUAGCUGACACUUGGAAUUCGAAGGUGACAACAACAUAGUAGUUCAUCACUAAAUAACUAAUUCUGUCAAGUCUAUGGAGUUACCAUACUGCUAAUAACUUUAUUUUUGUUUGUUCUUAAUAUUGUGGACUAUACAUUUUUUGAUAUAUUUGGAGAUUACUUAAAUUAACACAUUGAUAUUUUUUUGCUAUUUUAAAGCCCUUUCCCCUACAUAAUUGCGGCUGAAUUUUCCCCCAUUAUCAUUGCAAAAACACUUUAAUUUUCCCAAAAAUCAUGUUUUUUGUGUGUGAUGUUUCAAAUGUCACAAUUAAGUACCAGGCCUCUGUGUAAAAGAGUAGAAAAAUCACUGUAUUAAAGAGAGUGCUAUUUCAAUGUUGAACAUAUAAUUACAUGUAUCUCUUAAAAAGAUAUUUGUGAAGGAUUGAAAUUUCUGAAUGAGGCCUCUCGCAAAUUGACACAACAAUUAAUAUCUCUGGAAAAUAAAGUGUUCACAAUUUUACAAUAUUUUAACCAAAACUAACUUACGACAUCAUGAAAAUGUAAUUACAUUUACAGUACAUUUAUUGGUAAACUGACCUCUACCUUUCAUAAUCCCCUUCACAAUUAUCCAUUUUAAAACAUGUAUCAGAUGACUGGUAGGCCUUUUGGCUUCUGGAUUGCUUUUAAUAAAGUUAGAUGAAGACUAUUUAAAAAUAAGGUAACUGAAAUUCUAUUUUAGAUAAAAAGGCAACUUCAGUGUAGCAUAGCUUUCUUCCAUCAGUCUCCAUUACCACCGACUACCUCGAGAGAUCAUAGAAAUUCUUGGAAGGGCUGGUGUUCCAUCCAUUAUACUGUAAUUCUCUUCAUUUUCGUGAGUUCCUAUUUUAAAGAAUUUGCAUUGAACAAUUUAUUUGCAGAGAUUUUUAUUUGCACAAGGAUGAAUAGGAUUUAACCCUUUUACCCCUAUGCAACUUCAAUAACCUCUACCAUUAUUUGAUAUGGAUGAGUCCAUUAUGGUCUACAGUGAUGAAAGGGUUAAUGUCGAUGUAUGUCUUGAUAUUAUCUUCAUAUUUUAAUCUUUCCACAUGCUAGCUGUAUGUAUGUAGUACUCUAAUAGUGAAUUGACAUGAAUUCAAACAAAUAUAUCGCAUUGCAGAAGGUAUUUGUUGUAUGUACCUCUCAGGGAAUUGGGGUGCUCUAUAGUUAUAACUGUUAAUGAUUGGGUUGGGUAUUGAUAGCACUUUUCAUGUUGCAGAAUAUUGCAUUAAUUAUUUAAGAAUAUUGCAAUAUAUCGCAAUAUAUUAAAUGCCAAAAUAUUUAUAAUAAUGUUAUAUAGAAAAAAAUUGAAAAGUGACCAUCAGUUCAGCAAGCUUCACUGUUAAGCUGAAAACUGUUUUAUAUUCAUAUACAGUAUCACACAAAGCUUAAUUUGGAUAAUACUAAAUCCAUUUUAACAUUAUUUCUGUAAAAUGAUUUCAUUAGUGUGCUUAUACCCCGAACAAAAAGUUGAGAAAGUCUGGCAAUAUAUUGCUAUUUCAAAACUGAUUUUUUUUAGAUAUUUUUAUAGAUAUAUUGCUAGACAAAUAUAGCCAAACCCCAGCCAUUAACUCAUUCCCCCCCGAAGACACAUUUGAACUCUUUCAGAUUAAAGGUUGGAAUAGUUCAUUAUGAAAUUUCAGGGGUGAAUGAGUUAAUCAGACAGUGCUGACUAUGUUACUUAAGUAUUUUACAUGUGUGUAUGAAUCCUGUUUGUACUGUAAGUUUGUGUUGUAAUCUCGUAGAGUUUAAGUGAGUUUAGCGAUCACGCCUAAUGUUUACUGGGCAAACUGUUGUUGAAAGUUUAUCACCAUUUAAAGACGUACAUUUAGAACUUUAUCCUGAAAUUUUUGUUACGGUGUACGAAUCUCUAGAAGAACAUGAUAUUAUUCCGAAGAUAUUUAUGAGAGUGUGUUUUAUGUUAACUUGAAAAUAAAUAACAGUUAAGUAAUAAAGUUUGGUGCUGUGAGUAACA